AAGCACAGUGCCAAUCGGAACUACAACGUAAAAUAUGCUGAUCAAGUUAAUAAAAAAAGAACAAAACGAGAUUCGCCUGCGCCCGUGUAUUGGUUACCUUUGAUGAGAUUACUCGUAGUGGACACGCGGCGCGACCGGCCCUCUCUCGCUCUAUUUAAAUCGCUUCGGUGGGCAGCGAGUGGAUGCCAUUGCUUCGUAAUACGUUUCCGUUUCUGAAGGGAAGGGAUGGCAAUGCGCAUGUGCAGCUCUGGCUUUCCUGACUCGCCGGUUUCCGCCAUUUUCUACCUUUUACCAGAGAAAGAAAUCUUCCCGGGCCAGUUUGUGGAGUCCCAAAAUACGGCGGGUUUACACGACGAUAACUCGCACAUCUACCCGACCAUGGAUGACGACAGCAAUCCGAAGACCCUCUAUGUAGGCAACCUGUCCAGAGAUGUAACGGAAGUCCUGAUCCUUCAGUUAUUCAGCCAGAUUGGGCCCUGCAAGAGUUGUAAGAUGAUCACAGAGCAACCCGAUAGCAGAAGGGUCAACUCUUCUGUUGGAUUUUCUGUUUUGCAGCAUACAAGCAAUGACCCCUAUUGCUUUGUGGAAUUCUAUGAACACAGAGAUGCUGCUGCUGCAUUAGCAGCAAUGAACGGAAGGAAGAUAAUGGGGAAGGAAGUCAAAGUAAAUUGGGCAACAACUCCAAGCAGUCAGAAGAAAGACACUUCAAAUCACUUUCAUGUCUUUGUUGGAGAUUUGAGUCCCGAAAUUACCACAGAAGAUAUCAAAGCUGCUUUUGCUCCAUUUGGUAAAAUCUCAGAUGCACGUGUAGUGAAGGAUAUGACGACAGGGAAAUCUAAGGGCUAUGGGUUUGUGUCCUUCUACAACAAACUGGAUGCAGAAAAUGCCAUUGUGCAUAUGGGUGGUCAGUGGUUAGGAGGUCGGCAAAUUCGUACAAAUUGGGCAACUCGCAAGCCUCCUGCACCAAAGAGUGUACAGGAAAAUAAUUCUAAGCAGUUGAGGUUUGAAGAUGUUGUUAAUCAGUCAAGUCCUCAAAAUUGCACGGUCUACUGUGGUGGCAUCCAGUCUGGUCUAACUGAACAGCUUAUGAGACAGACUUUCUCACCCUUUGGACAAAUCAUGGAGAUAAGAGUUUUCCCUGAAAAAGGCUAUUCAUUUAUCAGGUUUUCCUCUCAUGAGAGUGCAGCACAUGCUAUCGUUUCAGUGAAUGGAACAGCCAUCGAAGGCCAUAUGGUGAAGUGCUACUGGGGAAAGGAGUCUCCAGACAUGGCAAAAAAUUUUCAGCAGAUGGAAUAUGGCCAGUGGGGACAAUGGAAUCAAAUGUAUGGGAACCCACAGCAGUAUGGACAGUAUAUGGCCAAUGGCUGGCAGGUGCCUUCUUAUGGAAUGUAUGGGCAAGCAUGGAAUCAGCAAGGAUUUGGAGUCGAGCAGUCUCAGUCACCUGCCUGGAUGGGAGGCUUUGGAGCUCAGCCACCACAAGGACAGGGGGCACCAGUGAUACCAAACCAAGCUGGAUUUGGGAUUGGCUAUCAGACGCAGUGAGAGAGAGAGAGAGAGCGAGCAAGAAAGAGGACUCACAAUUUACCUGCUCCCACCAAGGAAGGAGACCGGCAUGUCUACACCUGGAAAGGAGUUGAUUAUUUAUUUACGAGAUUUGAACCUGUAGCACAGCUUCGCUUUUGGUGGAGGAUCUACAAUUUAUUUUUUUCCCCCCCUAUUUUUUUUUUCCUGGGUUGGGGUGGGUGGGUUUAUUCUAAAGGUGGUUUUCAUGUCUGAGAGAAAAUAAAAUCGACAGAACUUUUUGAAACUCCUGUCUCUGAAUUUCUACACUUUGAAGCAGUAAGCAAAAAAAAAAAAAAAAAAGUAAACGGACAAAAUUAUCAACGAGUGGGCAGUCGUGGCAGCAGGGCACCGAAAAGACCCCUCUCUGUGGUGGCUGAAUGGCUAACUCAAGGUAGGAACUUGUCACACCCUUGGACCGGUGACUGCAGCGGAGGUGGAAUUCAGACCUUGUUGGUUUUUUUUUUGGUUUUUUUUGGUCUUGUUUUCCAUCCCUUCUCCCAAGAUUUCAUUUUUUUUUUUCCCCAAAAUUACAGAUGUUUAUGGAUUUACUGACAAUUUAUUUUUUUUUUUUUUUUUUUUUUUUUUUUUUGUUGGAAAUGUUGUCCUGAAUUCCAAGCCUGUCUAAUUUGGAUUGAAUUAAGUUGAGCCAAUCUGAACAGUUUUAAUGCAGCAGUUACCCUCACUCCACUGACUCGUCUCUACCGGUGUCAUCCUCCUGAUGAAGCUCUGGCGUCCUCCUUGCACAUACAUGUCACUGUGGGUGGCACUGGAGAGGCUUUGAAGGCCCUUGUGUAAAUACAUUUUGAUAGUUUAGUAGGGCAGCGGUUUUAAAGCAUGCUUUUCCAUUGCAGCUGAUGCCGAAUGUGCAGUGUGUGACUGAAUGAUGGCCUGUGUGAAGAAGUCGAGAGGGAGGGAGAGGAAGCCUUCACUUGACUAACCCCCCCCCCCCCUUGUUGCCAUUGCUGGAUGAAAAGCAAACGGGUGUCUGGGACUCCAGUCGUCGAGUUUGUCCAAUGUGCUCGGGUUUGGUUUUAUUUUGCUUUUUUUUUUUUCCUGCCUCCCCCCACCCAGAAAACUUGUACAUUUGAACUUUUGUGCCAUUUUGUUAGUGCGGGUGGGAUAAGCUGCAAACUGGCAUGGGUGGGGGGAGUGAGGGGCGGUGGGGUGAUUUGCAUGUAAAGAUGGAAAAGUGACCCACAAAUGUACAAAAAGCAGUGGUGUUUGAGAAUGGAGUGUCUGAGUAAACCUAGCAGCUGUCUGAAUGACUCCGUUUAGUUACUGUCUGAAUUUCGUUACUGCAGUUUAAAGUCUAAAUAAAUGAUACUUUGAGCCAAA